AUGGCUGAAGCAACCGUAGUACCAGAGACCUCUUCUAGUGCAGCAAAGCUAGAUUCAUUGCUCCAAAUACGCCAGGAGUUCGAUGUCACUUCCGACUUUGUCGAGGCAGCUGUAAAAAGCACGUCUCGCACUGGUGACCUCGUAGAGGUCCUGCUCCGACGGAGACCUAACUCCAUCGUCAUUACCGAGAACGUCAUGAAGGCACUGGAUCACCGGAGAAAACCGAAGCACUGGAUUCCUUGCUACGAGAACGAGCAGAAGACGUUAUAA